AUGUCGCCCUCGACUGAGAAUUCGUCGUUUACACUCAAGCCGGUGGCCCCGUCCGACUUCCCGGCCAUGGCAGAAAUGUGCGGCCUCGCUUUCGAGGACGACAGGCACACGAUGCUCAAGGCUGCCCACCCAACAAAGCCAUACAAUCAUGCUGCAGGAAUGACUGGCGCCUUCGAAUACUGGGCCAGUCGCCCAGCUGGCAGCUUGGAGUUGACCAAGGCGGUCGAUGAUGCAACGGGAGAGAUUCUGGGCUUCGUGUGCUGGGGCAUGAGCCUGGAUAAAUCCGAUACAAACAAAGAGCAAAGCAAUUUAGGAGAUGACCCUCCGGCAGAGGAAAUCGAAAAGGCCGCGGACGUCAGUGUCGAAAAGCCGGACACCACCGUGGGAGAAGACACAGAUCCGCCUCAAGAUCCUACCCUCGAUCCUCUCGAUCAGCUAGAGGAGAUGACAUCGGCUCAUCUCGCCGCCUUCCAAGGGAGCUUCAAGAAUACGAGGUGCAUGUACGUGAUCACGCUUACCGUACAUCCCAAGUACCAGGGCCGCGGCGUUGGCCCAGCUCUUAUCAAACAGGGCACAAACCUUGCUGACGCCGAGGGUGCGUUGUGCUGGGUUCACUCCAGCGAGGCCGGGGUCUACACGUAUAAGAAAUGCGGCUUUGAGGAGGUCGAUACGUUGGAGGUCGACCUGGACGACUGGGCACGGAAGCUGGACAUCAAGCCACCAGCUGGUGAUGACAAGUGGGGGACCUACACGUUCAGAUAUUUGAUCAGACAGCCCAAGGCUACCUAA